CGGCUAUGGAGAAGUAAAUAGGGCCCGGCGCUGAGCCUCAGAGUGACCGUGGUUGCGUGUCCUUUGCAGACACUUUCUGGGGCGAGGUGAAAUGGCGAGAGUCUUGGAUCGGUGGACGUAGACGGUAGACAGUUCGCGUGCGUUUCCUUCGCCUACUUGGCCUACAUGCUUUCUGCACGUGCAGCGAUGUUUCCCCUCGAAAGGCCUUGGCAACGCCGUCAGAAUCGGUUUUUCAGUGAGGUUUGACCCCUCCGACGCUCCGUCGCCUGAGAGACUCACGGCGUUCUCCGUGCCCGCCCAUCUUCCGCGGACGCCCACUGCCAUGGCGACUCUGCUGCGCCCUGUCGUGCGCCGGCUCCGCGGGCUCCGCGGGCUUCCCGGCCUCCUGCGGCUUGCGGCAGAAAUGCCUCUCCGGGCCAGGAGCGACGGCGCCGGCGCCGGCGCCGGCCCGCUGUACUUGCACCACAUCCCCACCUCCCCACUGCAGAAAGCGCUGCUGGCCGCUGGCUCCGCGGCGAUGGCGCUCUAUGACCCCUACCGCCACGACAUGGUCGCAGUUCUAGGGGAGACCACAGGACACCGCACCCUGAAGGUCCUCAGGGACCGGAUGAGGAGGGAUCCAGAGGGUGCCCAGAUCCUGCAGGAGCGUCCCCGGAUUUCGACGUCCACCCUUGACCUGGGCAAGCUCCAGAGCCUGCCAGAAGGCUCCCUGGGUCGCGAGUAUCUCCGUUUCCUGGAUGUGAAUAGGGUCUCCCCAGACACCCGAGCACCCACCCGCUUCGUGGAUGAUGAGGAGCUAGCGUAUGUGAUUCAGCGAUACCGGGAGGUGCACGACAUGCUUCACACCCUGCUGGGGAUGCCCACCAACAUCCUGGGGGAGAUCGUGGUGAAAUGGUUUGAGGCUGUCCAGACUGGCCUGCCCAUGUGCAUCCUGGGUGCUCUCUUUGGACCGAUCCAACUCAGUGCUCAGAGCCUGCAAGUGCUGGUCUUGGAGUUGAUCCCAUGGGCUGUUCAGAACGGGCGCAGAGCCCCAUGUGUCCUCAACCUGUACUAUGAGCGGCGCUGGGAGCAGUCCCUGAGGGCUCUACGGGAGGAGCUGGGCAUUACGGCACCACCUGUGCAUAUCCAGGGCUUGGCCUGAGUUCCUGAGCCAGCGGGGCCUGGCCUACCUCCCCCAUCUACUGCUUCCCUUGGGGGCAGAGGGCUCCCUUGACUACCUUUGUUCUUCUUCUUUGAACACUGACCCUUGGACAACAUUUAUCAUAAUUUAUCAUAGCCACUGCUGAGUGGCCUUGAGGAUGAACCCCGCAGGGAGCAAGCAGUACAGUAGCACUCCCGGGGGACCAGCAGCUGUCCAAGGAGAACCAUUCGUGAACAGUAUCAGUCUGGGCUCAUGCUGGCAUGUCGCAGCACUCCUGUUGCGACUCCUUCCAACCAGCCAGGUUUGCUGGGGGCCAGGCUGGGUGUCCUCACAGGAGUGAGGGCUACACCCAAUUCCAAAAGCCCGAGAAGAGAGAAGUGGAGGGGGGAGGCGAGUGUGUGAAUAAAGGCUCCCAUCAGGUCAA